AUAUUCUAAAAGAGAAUAUUUCAUUUAUAUCAGUUAUUAAAAGGCAUUGUGAACUGUGUGAUGAUCUCAGUAUUAUCAUUCUUUAAUAAAUACUAUUGAGAUUGGUUUAUUCCAAUCAAGUUUCUAGUUUAUCCUGUAAAAUCCAUGGAAAAUGGAAAGCUUUGAGAUCGAUUUAAUAUGAUUGGACACAAGUUGACCUGACCAGGCACAGAUUUAAAGGGGUCAGAAUUUUGCAUGUACAUGUACUUUAGAAAGCUUAAAAAGUAUUUGGGACUAACAAAAUUUUUAGACAACUUCAGCAUGUUCUGUAAUUGUAUUGCCAUUGAGUGAAAAUUUUAAAUAAUUGUCCCCAGCCUUUUAAAAAGGGUUCAUCCAUGGUCCUCCUUUCCAUCACACUUUUGGAACACAAUACCUCUGCUUGUAAUUGUGGUAGAAUGUUCAAACUUGGUGUAGAUGUUUGUUUUGUUAUUAUCUUGACUGAGUUUGAUGAUGACCAUUUUCUGCUUACAAAUACGUUAAGUUCUAUAAUGAGUAUUUUCCAAUCGGGUUAAGCAGUGAUAAUCCAUUUGUUUGCUUGUGGCUUUAAAACAUAAUAACUUUGAUUCUAAAUGAGUGAGAAUGAUGAAACUUGGUAUAUCGUUUCCUUAAAUCAAAUGAAACUAGGUACAUGUAUAAUGUAUAUUCUUUCCUUACAUCAAUACCUCAACUUAGCACAAUGAUGAGCAUUUGCUGCUAAGAUUAAGUUAAGAUAAGAACUUGAUUGGUUGAGACAUAAUCAUUUUGCUUCUUUCUAAUCGAGUGAUUGUGAUGAAAUUUACUGUAUAGUUUCAUUACAACAGUAGCGUGACUAAGUUCCAUUGUGGUUAUUUUCGGCUAACGUUUUAACAGAGUGAUACAGAAUUUAAUUGCUCAAGCAACAAUGUCAUCUAUUUAUUAUGGUAUUGGGGUGAGGGACAGCAGUCUCACAGUUGGCUUGUUUAUCCUGUAAAAUCCUUAGGAUAUGGACAAGCUAUCCUCACUGUGUUUGUGAUCAGUCUGAAAUGACUGGACAAUGGUUGACCUGACCAAUUGCAGAAUUUUAUUUUACAUGUCUCUGUCUGUGCUUUUGUUUAUUAUUGUAGAAAUACAGAAACUAGUGUUAGCAGGAAGAAUGGGUGAAGCCAUUAAUACAACUCAAGAUUAUUAUCCAGGUUUAUUGGAGAGCAAUCCUAAUUUACUAUUCACACUUAAAUGUAGACAAUUUAUUGAAAUGGUGAACGGCACAGAUUCAGAAGUUCGAGGUCUGUCAGUUCACAGUCCUAAAUCUCGUCACGGUAGUGGUAGUAAUCGAUCCAGUCCGACUAUGAGUCCAGUCCAUUAUGGCAGCUCAAAUAAUCUCCACCCUCAACGAACUCCCACUGGCUCGGGUAAUAACAGCCCUAGUCGCUCAUCAGUCAAAGGUCUUAACACACAAAAUCAGAACUUACAGGGUCAGACGGAUUUACAUCGUAUAGAGGAGGAAAUGAAUAGUGUGAAUAAUGACAAUCACUCAGUGAAUGGAUCGAAUUCACGAUAUAUAGAUGACGAUAUAGAAAUGACUGAUGGAUUGAUAGAUGAAAGAGUUGUGACUAACGGUAAAUCGGAUUCUGUGUGUAUGAAUGGCAAUUCUCACGAUGAUUACACUGAAGAAAUGGAAGUUGAUUGUCCCAGUAGUAAAAGAAAACUAUGUGGUGGUAAUCAAGAAGCAAUAGGUAAAAUGUUACAAUACGGUAAAGGUCUUCAGAGUAUGAGUGAACAACUUCGUAGACAAUUUGGUAAAAAUGAUGCAAAUAAAAGAGCUUUACAAGAUGCUUUUAGUUUAUUGGCAUAUUCUGAUCCGUGGAAUAGUCCAGUAGGUCAUCAAUUACAACCUGUUAAAAGAGAACCAGUGUGUGCCGCUUUAAAUAGUGCCAUAUUAGAAUCUAAAGGUUUGCAAAAACAACCGCCACUUGAAGUUGCCAUAGCUCAGGCCACAGAAUGCAUGAAACUUAUGGCGAAAGCUGGUAUAGGAUCUUGUGCAUUUGCUAGUGUUAGCGAAUAUCUACAUUGAUACUGUGUUUAUUAAGACUUAAAGACUGAUUAAAAUGACUCUAUAAUCCAUUAAACUCUUCCCGAAACUGUUUAUGAUGAAAUGUGCACUUAAUUCAGAAAACUACUAAAGCGGGAUAUGAAACACCAUCUGUUAAAAUUUGCCAUGUUAUUGUAUUCUAGUUCAGAAGUAGUAGAUGAACACAGUUUCUGCUCGAGUCUACCUCCACAGUACAGGAUUUAUAAUUCUCCAAGAUCGGCCUGGCAACUGUUGAUUUUCUUAUUUAUUUUAAUUUAAUUUUAAUAUAACAACAAACUUUCAUUUUAAGGUAAAACAACAUUAGUUUGUUUGUGAAAAACGCCACAGUAAUAUUGCUGAAUGAAGAUUGAGCUAGGAGGACAAAAUAUUUAUGCCUUCUUUUUUUUUAUUAAUAUUUAUUAAAUAUACAAUGUUUUUUGUAUGCAGAUGUUUCUCUAAAGAUAUCUUGCCUUUCUCCUUAGAAAUUGUCUAAUAAACGUUCUCAGAACAUGGCUAGAUUUGCAAAUCAGAAUAAAAACUCAAAACAAUACAUGUGAAUUGAAUUGUAAUCAUUCUACAUUAAAAUUUAUACAUAGUUUUAACAUUUUGAGUGAAUUUCAUUUUCACAAUUAUCAGUUAAUUUUACUAACAGAUACAUAAAUAACAUCACUAGUAGUUCAGCAGUUCUAAUAACUCGACAGGCACUUGUGUAGUUUGAAAAAUGUUUAUUCAAGCAUCAAUUGAAACAUGCAUAUUUUAAAAAUCUUAUGCAAACCUUAAUUUCAUUAAUUCUGUCAUGGCUAUUAAAAUUGUAUGAAGAGAGCCAUUGCCCGUCUGUAAAUUGGUUAAUUUAUUUGUGAUAAAUUAUUUAUCAUUGUGGAAUACUAUUGUAGUUGAAACUAUUUUUAAAUAUUAUUAUGUAUUUGUUUAAUACCUCAUUGUGAGAAAUGGGAAAUAACUGAGAUGUGUGAUAUAUAUAUAUAUAUAUAUGAGUAAAGAUAAUAAAAAAAACACCUAGUUUGUAUAUAAUGAAAACUGUGUCUUAAUUACUUUCUUUAUCAUGUAACAAUGAUACGAAGACACACUCUUUUAUUUUGCUCAUUUCUUUGCUUUUUCGGUCUUAAGUUUUUUUCAGUAGUGGACUAAUGAUUAAGUCCACAGAGGUUAAAUAAAUAUGUGCUAAUAUAUGUAGGAGGUAAUUGAUUAGGUUAAAAACCUCCAUGGCUGAAACAUUUGUGGUCAUAACAUCAUAUAUUUCUAUAUGGUAUUGUAUGAAAUUAAAGAUGUAUUUAUAGGGUAUAUGUAGUUAUUUCCAACAAAUAAAACUUAUGGCAAAUUUGGUA